AUGAUCGCUGGCCUGUUCUUGGGUAUCUUCACAGUGGUCCCAAGUUUGCUAUAUUGGACAGUCUCUUUCGUGACCUUAACGCUGCCGACAUGGCUAUUUUCGUUUUUGUCGACCAGUCUGACUUUCACUAUGAACAUGACGACCCUUCUAUUGUUGUUAUUGGUCUUCGCCUCGGCCGUGAGCUGGUUCGUCAGGUACCGGUUCCUCAACAUGUACGCUCGCCUCCCUCCGGAGCCGCAGCGUAAGGAUCCCGAAGUCGAAGUCUUCCCAGACUCUCAGGAAACAGACUCCAAGCCUGGCCUGGCGAAUUACUUUGAUGAGUUCCUCUCGGCAAUCAAAGUUUUCGGAUAUCUGGAACGACAAGUCUUCCACGAGUUGACUAGAUCUAUGCAAACCCGAAAGCUCAUCGCAGGUGAAACUUUGCUGUUGGAGGAAGAAAAGGGGUUUUGCUUGGUUGUGGACGGGCUGGUGCAAAUUUUCGUCAAGUCAAAUCGAUCCAGCGAUGCAGAUGCCUUCGCCGAGCCAAACUUUGUAGAGGACGAGAUACACGACGAGAAGUCCCAGAGCAAUCGCAAUUAUCAGCUUCUAACUGAAGUGAAGAAUGGUGCUCCAAUGUCAUCCUUAUUCUCAAUCCUAGCCUUGUUCACAGACAACGUCAAGCUGCGGUACCACGAGGAGGACGAUUCCGUCACGACUCAAGGUCCCAGUCCAUCAAAUCGGCAGCGUCCUCGUCAUGCCCAUUCAGUCGACGAAGAUUUCGCCAAUGAGUCUGGUGCCAACAGCCCGGCGACAUGGACAUCACGUCCAUCAUCACGGCACCGAGCUUCCUCAAAUAUGGCACUGACAGUUUCGGGCAAUGUUAUGAGAGAUCCUCCCCCUUUGGCGUUAGACUCUGGUGCAGAACCAUCACAUCUCCAUCCGAGCAGAGGCCCAGGUUUCUCGCGGAGCAGUAGCUAUCGACAGUCUAAGCUCAAACAGCAAGCUUCUGCACAUCCAGACAUUGUGGCUCGGGCUACUGUAGAUACAACAAUUGCAAUCAUCCCCGCAAGUGCCUUUCAUCGCAUUACUAAGAUGUUCCCGAAGGCCACUGCCGACAUUGUCCAUGUGAUUCUCACUCGCCUGCAGCGCGUGACACUCGCAACUGCUCACGCCUACCUCGGCUUGACGAGCGAAGUCUUACGUACGGAACGUCUGAUGGAUCGCUAUACGUGCUACGAUCUUCCAGACUUCCUUCGUGGUCAGCCUUUGGAGCGUCUAAAGGAUAAAUUUCGCCAAGAGCACGAACGUAUCGGACCCGAAAAUGGCAUGAAAGGCAUCGCAUUACAUAAUCCGCAGGUCGCGUCCCGAAGACGAACAACAAGCACAGUCAAGCGCGACGCUGCGAUACAGGCUCGAUUCGCUGCGCGUCAUGGGUCGCUGGCGAUUGCUGACAUGUACACAGAACGUAAUGGCAUCAGUCCUGGCGAUCUGCUUACGAAUAUGCACACUGCUCGAGCACCUGGCCGCCGCAGUCAACCGGGAAGCUUUUCGCAGCCCUACUCGGCUCCAAAGUCUCUACAUGCUGGUGAUGCCCUCAGCCCAGCAAGCCACAAGCAACGGGAUCCGUUCGAGCCACGAAAUAGCCCCAGGGCCACGAUACAUCGACAAGAGUCUAUGGACGAAGACUUGUUGUUCAGGGAGUCUAUUAUGGAAUGUAUGACAAAGGCCAUCGGAUUGCGGAAUGGCAAAGACUCAGGACGACGUCCCGAGUCCGUCGCUCAAUCGCCUCGUCUCGUGUCUUAUGAUUCUAAGCGGCAAAGUGCAGUAUUUAACAAUGCCUUUGGGUUCCUAGACCCUUUUGAAGGAUAUAUGGAUGAUGCGGAAUCUGCUGCUUCUGUAUCUGCCUUCAGCUUUGGCGGCUCGGCCAACAUUCUCGAAGAUCUAAAGAAUGAAAUAGAGAUUGUCUUCUUCCCUAAGGGCUCGGUCUUGAUCGAAGAAGGCGAGCGAAAUCCAGGGCUUUAUUAUGUAAUUGACGGUUUCCUGGAUGUCAGCGCCUCGGUCGAUGAACACGAGGCUCGAUCGAACAUCCUCGGAACAAUGGAGCAGCCCGACGACGACGAUGAUGCCAUCCGCCUGCCAGCAUUCAGCAACAGAGGCCGAACCCCAGACAAUAAACGACCGAAAUCAGCAGGAAAGGAACAUCAUCGACGAAGGCGGACGGGUCAGGCACGGAAAAGCCUGUUCCUGAUCAAACCGGGAGGAAUAGCCGGGUAUCUUGGUGCUGUGUCCUCGUACCGGUCUUUCAUUGACGUCAGGGCUCAGACCGAUGUUUAUGUUGGUUUCCUUCCACGGACCGCUGUGGAGAAGAUCGUUGAAAGAUAUCCUAUUGUCUUGCUCACGAUGGCAAAACGUCUGACGAGUCUGCUCCCACGACUGAUCCAACACAUCGACUUUGCUCUUGAGUGGGUCCAGGUCAGCGCCGGGCAAGCCAUUUACCACCAGGAACAGGAAAGUGAUGCCAUUUAUAUCGUACUAAAUGGCCGGUUGAGAGCUAUCCAAGAAGAAGACAAUGGGUCCAUGAGAGUUAUUGGGGAAUAUGGACAAGGAGAGAGUGUGGGUGAAUUGGAAGUAUUAACAGAAACGACCCGCCAGGCAACGCUCCAUGCCAUUCGAGACACUGAACUUGCCAAAUUCCCAAAGGCUUUAUUCAACAGCCUUGCUCAAGAACACCCAGGCAUCACUAUCAAGAUAUCCAAGAUCAUCGCGUCUCGGAUGAGAACUUUGCUUGACACGUCGUUCAACGAGAAAACCCAUGACAGUAGAAUGGCUUACUCUCGCUCCGGUGGAAGAUCUAACCUCAAUUUACGCACUGUUGCGAUCAUACCUUGUUCAGCUGGCGUCCCAGUUGUCGAUUUUGGUCAUAAGCUUCAAAACGCUCUGAACCAAGUCGGUACACCAAGCGGCGUGGCGGUACUCACUCAGUCCACCAUUUUAAAUCACUUAGGACGGCACGCCUACAGUAAGAUCGGAAAGCUGAAGCUUUCCCAGUACCUCGCUGAUCUGGAAGAACGUUACGGUUUGGUUCUCUAUGUCGCCGACACAACUGUGAAAUCUCCGUGGACUCAAACUUGCAUCAAUCAAGCCGAUUGCAUCUACCUCGUCGGGCUAGCAGACGGUUCGCCUGCGAUUGGUGAGUAUGAGAGAUUUUUGCUCACGACCAAGACCACCGCCCGCAAGGAGUUGGUCCUUUUGCAUGCUGAGCGAUAUUGUCCCUCGGGCAUAACACGGGCCUGGUUGAAGAAUCGUCCCUGGAUCAACGGAGGGCACCACCAUGUUCAUCUGGCCGUUAGAUCAGCACCCGAGCCUGCCAGUCAACAGCCGAAUAAUUUUGGGGACGUCUUAAAGCAACGCGUCCAGGUGCUGCAAGCUGAGAUUCACAAAUAUACUUCUCGAAGAGUCCGGCAAACACCACUGUACUCAUCUGAAACGCCUUUCAAAGGUGAUUUUCAUCGUCUGGCUAGAAGGCUUUGCGGCAAAUCUGUUGGUCUUGUUCUUGGCGGUGGUGGUGCCAGAGGCCUUGCCCAUGUCGGCAUCAUUCGAGCACUGGAAGAAGCUGGAUUGCCGAUUGACAUCAUUGGAGGCACUUCGAUUGGUGCAUUCGUCGGAGCGGUUUAUGCACAAGACGCGGAUGUCGUUCCCAUGUACGGCCGAGUCAAAAGGUUUUCCGGACGUAUGGGCAGUGCUUGGCGCUUCGCUCUGGAUCUCACAUACCCAUCAGCUUCGUACACUACUGGCCACGAAUUCAAUCGUGGCAUCUUCAAGAUCUUCGGCGAUAGCCAGAUCGAGGAUUUUUGGCUGGAAUUCUACUGCAAUUCGACCAACAUCUCGAACUCACGACCAGAAAUUCAUACGAGUGGAUAUGUCUGGCGGUACGUUCGUGCAUCCAUGUCCCUGGCUGGUUUGUUGCCGCCCAUGUGCGAUGAAGGCCACAUGCUGCUUGACGGUGGCUACACGGACAACCUAACAGUCUCGCAUAUGCGUACAUUGGGUGCUGAUCGAAUCUUCGCCGUUGACGUCGGCGCAGUAGACGACGACAGCCCACAAGACUACGGCGACAGUCUGUCGGGAUUCUGGGCAUCCAUAAACCGCUGGAACCCAUUCUCCUCCCAUCCUAAUCCGCCGACUCUGGCGGAAAUCCAGGCGAGGUUGGCAUACGUGAGCUCCGUUGACAACCUUGAGCGUGCGAAGAACAUUCCAGGCUGCCACUACAUGCGCCCUCCGAUCGAGGCGUAUGGUACCUUGGACUUUGGGAAAUUUGACGAAAUCUAUCAGGUGGGAUACCAAUUCGGUAAGAAGUACCUCGCUGAUCUCAGGGAAGAGGGACUUUUGCCGGGUUUUGAAGAGACCGAAGAGAAGCGAAACCUACGGCGGACAAUGGCUCCGAGGCGCGCCAGUAUAUGA